AUGUCUUUCCGGCGAGGCGUGGUACGGCAGAGCAAGUUCCGCCACGUGUUCGCCCAGGCGUGGAAAGCCGAGCACUGCCUGGACGACGUCCGAGUGUCGCGGGUGACGUGGGACGGCCCCCUGUGCGCGGUCAACCCCAAGUUCCUGGCCGUCAUCGUGGAAGCCGGAGGCGGCGGGGCCUUCCUGGUGGUCCCGAUCGGCAAGAGCGGCAGGAUCGACCAGUCGUGCCCGACGGUGUGCGGCCACACGGCGCCCGUGUUGGACAUUCAGUGGUCUCCUCACGACGACAACAUCAUAGCGAGCGCUUCGGAGGACUGCGCGGUCAAGGUGUGGCAGAUCCCCGACGGGGGAUUGACGGCACCCAUGACCGAAGCCGUGGUCACCCUGGAGGGGCACAGUAAAAGGGUGGGCAUCCUGGCUUGGCACCCGACCGCUUUCAACAUCCUCCUAACGGCAGGCUGCGACAACGUCAUUUUGCUGUGGAACGUGGGCACGGGCGAGCUGGUGUACCAACUGGCGGACGCCCAUCCGGACCUCAUCUACAGCGUCAGCUGGAACAAGAACGGAAGCGCCAUCUGUACCGUGUGCAAGGACAAGGCCUUACGCGUGAUCGAUCCGCGGAGGGACACCGUCCUCAAGGUGAGAGAAAAGGUUCACGAAGGCACCAGACCCAUGAGAGCCGUCUUCCUCUCCGACGGCAAGAUCCUGACCACGGGCUUUAGCCGUAUGAGCGACAGACAAGUGGCGCUGUGGGAUACGAGAGAUCUCUCCGAGCCGAUGGCCAUACAGGAAAUGGACACGAGCAACGGCGUUCUCCUGCCGUUUUACGACCCGGACACAAACAUGGUGUACCUGCUGGGGAAGGGCGACUGCACCGUUCGCUAUUUCGAGGUGACGGAGGAAUCGCCCUAUGUUCACUUCCUUAGUUUGUACAGCAGCAAAGAGCCCCAGAGAGGGGCGGGCUUCCUCAGUAAACGAGGGGUGGACGUCAACAAGUGCGAAAUAGCCAGGUUCUACAAACUGCACGAAAGAAAGGUGGAACCCAUUUCGAUGACCGUACCGAGGAAGUCCGAUCUAUUCCAAGGGGACCUCUACCCGGACACGGCCGGCUCGGAGCCGGCGCUGCUGGCCGACGAGUGGAUCGCCGGCCGGGACGCGGCGCCCCUGCUGGUGUCCCUGAGCGGCGGCUACGCGGCGCCGCCGUCCAAGCACCGCGACGCCGUCAGGGGCAAGCCCAGGUUGCCCUCGCAGGACUCGGGGUCGGCCGUCGCGCCCAAGGAGGACGAGGAGCCGCGCGCCCCCGCCCGGGAAUCCAGCGGCAACGCGGAGAGGCCCAAACGAGAGGACGACGUCCUGACGGAGCUGCUGUCGGAAAUGAAGGCGCUGCGCGCGGUGGUGCUGGCGCAGAGCCGGCGCAUCGAGUUGCUGGAGAGGCAAUUGGCGCGAAUUGAGGACGGCGACGUGUGA